AUGGCCAGAUACACAGAGGAAGAACUUUUCCAAUUGAAACCAGAAAGCGAUGUUCCAGUGAACUUUGAUAUCGAUUCUUUCAGAGCUGUCAUCGACAAAGUCAAGGAAAUUCAGGGCCUGCAAGAAGAAGAAUUCCAGCAAUUUCACCGCAGGAGAUCGUCCCACCACCAUGGUAAACCCAAGAUUAAGCACACCAAGCCUAAGAUCACUACUGACUCGGACGGCUGGUCUACAUUCGAUAAUGUGACCAGAAGGAAAUCCAGCGUUGCUGCCGGCGGCUCUGGUGUCUUCAACGGAAGCGACGAUGAAACUCCAAUCAAAGAAACCCCCAGCAUUGCACAAGAAACCUUAAAAGUGAAACCCAACAAGAACAUCUCCUCCACAAAGCCAGCUGACUCGCGCGACAUCGUUACGGAUAAAGCUACCAACACCUUCAAUGCUUUUGCAGCGCUAGAGAGCGACGAUGAAGAUGAUUAA